AUUCUCCUGAUAUAGUUGAUGCUGUUGACAAAGUUGCAGUUGAUAAAGAUGAAAUGGCAGUUCUCGUAUGCAAAUCCGAUGCUUUCCCUGAUCCCCAGUUCAAAUGGUUGAACUCAGCUGGUGGUGAGCUAACCAAUGACGUUGAAGGAUUACAGAUAGCUGAGAAAUACGAAGAUAACCUUUUUAUUAGUACCUUAACAAUUGAGAAAGUGAAUUCUGCAAAAGACUACGGCAGAUAUGAUUGUAUGGCCUAUAACGAAAUUGGAACAAAGUCGCUGCAGAUUGAACUUGUUCCAAUAACCAUACCUGAAAAACCCACAAUAACUGAGACAAGCGUCACUGACACAACCAUAACAAUCACCUGGACUGCCGGAUUUAAUGGAGGGCGCCCUCAAACAUUCACGGUGAAAUACCAGAACUUGGAAACGCUGGAUGAAGCUAAAUCAACUGAGAUGAAAGGUGAUGGUUCAGAAUCAUAUACAUAUACAAUAGAGGGUUUGAAAGCAGAUACUGAGUAUACAGUAUGGGUGCUAGCAACUAACACCAAGGGUGAACAAGAAGUGAAGUCAAGUGUUUUGAAAACUGGCAAAACUGACCAAAAUUCGUGUAUCAUAUGUGUCGGUGUGGCGGCAUUACUUACAGUUCUUCUGUGUUGCUCAGUGACUGGGAAUAUCGUCGCAUUUGUUUUACAUAAGCGUCUUAAGCGAAGUUUUUCAAAACAGUCGGACUUGCGUGAUUAUUAUGCAGCACUUUCUACAAUGACUAAAGAUGCAGUGCAUGAAUAUGAAAAACCUAAAAUAGAGGCAGCCGAGAACAUUGAAGACAUUAAUUAUGCUUAUGAGGUGAUAAACACAACAAAGUCACAGAUAAUAGCUCUCAGUUUGAAGAGACGUUUGUCUGACAAACACUCUGUAACAGAGCAGUUCAUUCGUCCUAAUUGUGUUAAUGAUGCAUUAGAGUUUCUUCAGAAAGACAAUCCUCAUUAUAAGGAUGUCAUAAUUAAUGCUGAUUGGACAGAUAUUAGUAAACGAGAAAAUCCUGAAAUCUGGUCAUCUGUUACUGAGCUAACUGAGACCAUUUCCAUUCUGAUAUUCAUGUCUUGA